AUGACAUCCCUGGAGUUGCAACGGACUUCAUCUCUUCGGGGUGAAGCCGAAGCAUCAGGCACCAAAGCCGACAUUGAUCUCAUCGAGAGUGCCGGGCAUGGACGAGCAGCCACCUACCAGGAGUCGGUGGCGGCUCGCCUGCCAAAAGCCCAUCGAGACUAUUUGAUGGAGCGACAUGGUACCUUGGAGCUCGAUCCCAUCCCCGGCAUGGGCCCGACUGAUCCUUACAAUUGGCCUGAAUGGAAAAAAAUGAUGAACCUUAUCCUUGUGGCGUUCCACGCCUGCAUGGGAACAUUUACCGCCGCUGCCAUCAUUCCUGCCUAUUCAGACAUCGCCAAGGAUCUCAGCGUCAGUAUCCAAGAUGCCAGUUACUUGACUUCGUUGCAAAUCGCCAUUCUGGGAGGCGCCCCUCUGUUCUGGAAGCCCCUUUCCAACCGGUAUGGGCGCCGGCCAAUCUUUCUUCUUUCUCUCAUUUGCAGCCUGGUCUGUAACAUCGGCUGUGCCAAGAGCACGGAUUAUGCGUCUCUUGCUGCAUGUCGUGCCCUUGUUGCGUUCUUCAUCUCCCCUGCCUCUGCCAUCGGUAGUGCCGUUGUGAUGGAAACCACCUUCAAGAAAGACCGCGCCCGUUACAUGGGUGUUUGGACUCUGAUGAUCACUCUGGGUGUUCCGAUCGGUCCGUUCAUCUUCGGUUUCGUCUGCUACCGUGCGGGCUAUAACUGGAUCUACUGGAUCCUCGCUAUGAUCAACGGCGGUCAGUUCAUUCUGUACCUGUUCUUUGGCCCCGAAACCCGCUACCUUGGUAGCGGCGUGGACAGCAUGUCCGCUCGCAAGAUCGAGUACAUGUCCCUGCGACGAAUCGAUCCCACACCAUUCACCUGGUAUGAGUUCAUUCGUCCACUUACAAUGGCCCGCCACCCCUCGAUCCUGAUCCCAGCCUGCGCAUAUGCAAUGGUCUUCCUGUUCGGCAGCAUUCUGGCAACCGUCGAAGUGCCGCAGCUGCUCGAGAAGAAGUUCGAGUUGAACGCCGAGCAACUGGGCCUCCAGUUCCUGGGUGUGAUCAUCGGCUCCGUGAUUGGCGAACAAAUGGGCGGCGUGCUGUCCGAUUUCUGGAUGAGCCGUCGAUCCCGCCGUAUUGACCGCAAGGCUGAGCCCGAGUUCCGUCUCUGGCUCAGUUAUUUCGGCUUCGCGCUGACCAUCAUUGGUAUGAUUGUGUUCUUGGUCUGCACGGAGACAUCGCCGAGCGGACACUGGAACGUCACGCCCAUCAUUGGCACUGCCAUUGGCGCUGUGGGAAACCAGCUUGUCACCACCGUGAUGAUCACCUAUGCGGUUGACUGCUUCCCGCAGGAGGCAGCCAGCAUUGGUGUGUUCGUCACUUUUGUGCGACAGAUCUGGGGCUUCCUUGGUCCCUUCUGGUUCUCGGCCAUGUUCGAAAAUGUCGGUAUCGCUCCGAGUGCGGGCAUUGGCUCGGCGCUGGUCGUCGCCGUCAGUGUUAUCCCCACCAUCUUGCUGCACUGGAAGGGUCGUGUUUGGCGCAAGGAGGAGUAG